UUCAGGAAAAUGUAGCAGUGUACAUUAUAGGCAGGGAUUACCACAGAGUGAGAGAGAGAGAGAGUGAAAAGGGGAAAAAAUACCAAUUUUCUGCUGAAUAUUUUAACUUUAACUGUAGAAAUAAACUUCAUGGACUCGGUUUGAGCAACAGUCAGCUGCUGCCAUGCUGGUGUAAAACACAUUUUAAAUACAUUCUUUUUGUUGAUGAAUUGCCAUUUAAGGGUGCCUUUGCAUCCAAACUAGCCACAGCAUCGUGGAGCCAGCAGGUAGUCUCAUCGCAGGCCUGCUUUGUUCUGAAGUAUAUGCAGCACACAGCAUGGUACAACCUGGGCUAGCUUCCAUUCCAGCAUAUACUGCGAGCUGCCAAGGUCAACAUACAACAGAGAGCAUGGACCCUUCAUCAACAUUUUCCACAUCAUUCAAAUCAGUGAAACACACACGUCUUCAGGAAAGGAGAGGCUCGAAUGUAUCUCUUACACUGGAUGUGAGUGCUUUGGGUAAUAUAGAACCCAUCAAGUCUACCCCUCGAGAAAUAACUCUACUGUACCUCAAAACCACCAGUUCUGUGUUAAACCAGGAGCAACUCAAGGAAGCCACGAAUAACACACAAGAACUGGAAGCUGAAUUUUCGAGAAUUCCACCCAAUUUUAUUGAUGCUGAUGAGUUGAAUAUCCCAGGACAUGCUUCUAAAAACAGAUAUAAAACAAUUUUGCCAAACCCACAGACCCGAGUCUGCCUCAAAUCAGAAAAGAAUGAUAAUCACCUGAACUCCUAUAUUAAUGCUAACUACAUUCGGGGAUAUGGAGGAAAGGAGAAAGCAUACAUUGCUACCCAAGGCCCUAUGAUAAAUACAGUAAAUGACUUCUGGGAAAUGGUUUGGCAGGAUGAUUGUCCAAUUAUUGUGAUGAUUACAAAGUUAAAAGAAAAGAACGAGAAAUGUGUUGUCUAUUGGCCAGAAAAUCAGGACACCUUUGGCAGAUUUGAAAUUGUUGUAAACAAUACGAAGGAAUGUGAUGGAUACACUAUUCGGGAUUUAAGUAUUAAGGAUGGGAAACAGUCUAGAAAUGUAAAGCACUACUGGUACUCAUCCUGGCCAGAUCACAAGACUCCAGAUACAGCACAAUCACUCUUGGAUCUCAUACAUGAAGUUGAAGAAAGUAGACAAGCUGCAGGAAACAGGGGUCCCAUUAUAGUUCAUUGCAGUGCAGGGAUUGGGAGGACAGGCUGUUUCAUUGCUACAAGCAUCGGGUGUCAACAGAUAAAAGAGACCAACGAAGUGGACAUUCUUGGAAUUGUGUGUCAGAUGCGGACAGACAGGGGUGGAAUGAUCCAGACAAGUGAGCAAUAUCAAUUCUUGCAUCAAACAUUAUCUCUUUAUCAAAGCAAUCUCUCAAAGAAAUCUGAUUCAACUUCAACUUCAAAGUGAAGCGCAUCUCUAUUUGAUAAGACAAUGGUGAAUGUUUCAAAUAAAAUGUAUCUAGAGAACAAAAGAGUAUAAUAUCACGAAUGUGACAGCAGAAAAUAUACUUCAGCAAUUGCAUUACUUUAAUUUUAUGGUACAGUAGAUUUCCAUUUAUCUGUAAUGUAAGAUAUUAAAGCUGUGAUCCUUAAAUGUUUAUCAGCGGUUCAGUGGCAAUUCCAACAGCAUUUCAGAAUAAGAUUCUGACCAUUUUUCUGAUUAGAUUUUAUAUAAUGGUCAUCUAUCUUUAACACAUCACCUUUAUGUUUUACACUGUAUUUGCUAUUUAACAAAGCACAGAGAACCCUAUAGAAAUAUAAAAAGGAUGAAGAUUUAUUUCAUCCAAAUUUAUGCUCUUAAGUCUAAUUCAAAAUGUGUUAAGGUUCCAUCAAGUUUUUUUUAAAAUUAAUUUGCAACACACAACAUUUACUUAACUAGGAAGAUUAUUGUAGUGGGGAAUGACGUAUUGACCUUUUGUCAGUUCAGCAACCACAUCACUGCAAGUGCCACAAUCAUUAAAGUGCUAUGACAAAGUGCCUCAACCCAGCUUCAAGGAAUAUCCCAUACAAAACUGCUGUACAGUAGCAGUUAUAGAGCUGUUUUCUUUAAAAGGUGUUUUAUACAUUGAAGAGAGACUUCUGUAAGUAAAAAAAAAUGCUUGAAUACCAUUCAUUUUCAAUUUUAGUGAUUUAGAGCACAACAAUAUCGCAAUAAUGCGAUGAUUCAUGUAUGUGGUCCAAUCAUCAUCACCCUUUCUCUAAUACUGACAAAAUCUUUCCUUACUCAAAAACACCAGUAUGCCCUGAAAUGUACAUAAAUUUUGUGUGGUGUUUUUAUUUUAUAAGGGAUGGCAUUGAAAACAGUUGGAAAACUGAACAAUUAGAUAAAAUAAGGAAGAGUGAGGAUCUUGGAAAUUAUAUCCUUUCUGUAGCAUUUCAAAUCCCAAAAGAGAUUGUGAAACAUCCAGUAAAGCCUGUGUCAAGAGGAUCAAGUUGCUUUGCCAACUAUUUGGAUAAACAUUGACUUGUGGCGGAAUUAUUUCAUCCUUUGUAGAGAUGCAUUUCCUCAUCAGUCAAAUAACAAGUAGCACUGAAGGAAUCUGAAAGUGUCACAUACUGACCCCUCCCGCCCUGAGACAUAUGUGCAUUUUGCUUGUUGGAGGAUAUGAAUACAAUUGUUGGGUAGGGAGUAAUCACAAGCCACUAAGAACUUGAUGAGAUUACUGUGCCUGCCAAUUCAUUCAGUUAUUCUCCCCUCAGCAGUAUUUAUGUUUUCACGUUUUAUUUCAAUCAUUAGAACCCACUUGAGCAGAACAGAGAUUUUCAAAUGCCAAGCACCAAUUUUCUAACAAAUGAUGUGAAUACAAACUUACAUAUUUUCCAGUCCAGUCAAGUUGAUUGCUUUAGGCUACAAGUGACUGAAUAUAUUAGUCACUACUUUUAAUGCAGAAAGUUAUUAAACCGUUGUAAUCUGCUAUUGCAUUGUAUUUUUCUGAAUUAUUUGCCAACAGGGCCCUGGGUCAGUUAUUUACAUAUAUUGACAUCAGUUGUCCCCAUGGAAAAUCUAAAAUCCAGAACUUGGUGGUGUGGGAAAAUUUGAAAAUUGAAAUCUUUGCCCUGCCAUCAGUCAGUAUAGCAUCUAAUUGUAGUUACCACGAUUGUUAGUUGGAAUGGACAUUUAGCAUGUUUAUCAGUAAGUGAUGCCAGAAAUUACUGCAGAAGUCUCCUUCAAUGAAAUAAUUAUCCUUAGCUCUGCCUUCAUUUCAGGUAAAAUAUAACUGAGCUUCAUUUCAUAAUUUUAUACUUUUUUUAGUAAAUACCAGAAUAAAUGGAAAGUUAUUGUAAAUAAUGCAUUGCAACUUCCAAAAUGGAGACCAAUUUAUUUUUAUAUGUACUUUUCAUAUUGCAAAUUAAAAUAACAACAUUUUUACAGCUUUUAAUAAAAAUCAUAAAUUUUUUUUUAAAAAUUCAGUACUUAAUGAAAUUAUCUAAACUGGAUUUAAUUUUGUUUAGGGUCUUUAUUUUUUGUGAAGCAAAAUGGAAAAAUAUUCUGAUUUGCACAUUAGAUAUUGUGCUCUUCUGUGUAACAUAAUGGAGUUUGUAAUGUUGAAAAAUGUAUUGAAUAAGUUGUGAUUUUUCUCUUUUGUGUUAUUUCUUUGAGUGUGCUGCUAAAUUGUUGUAUUGAUAAGAAACUUAAAUUUGCACAGCUUGAUUCUUUUACCUAUAGUGUUUACACUGGUUAUAGGCAAAUAUGAUUUAAUAUUAUGUUACAAAAGAAUGGAUUUCCUCCAGUCAAUAAUUUUAGAAAAACAAUUCUCUGUACUAUGACUACCCUCUUCUUUUAUGUAAACUCAUUGAAAACAGGAUUUUUAUUCCCAUGUCUGUAUGUAAUUGACGUUUAGAAAUAGAUAAAGGCAGAUGGUUAAAAUGAAAACAUAGGGUAUACCUGAGCAGAAACUUGAGACCAAAUUCUCAAACAUUCUUACAUAAAUUCCGAAGCAUGAUCUGAUUUUGCACUGAGAUUUUAUUUUUACUGAAUGCUGUCAAAACUUGGGACACACUCAAUUCGGCUGUGGAUUUGUAACCCAAUCCCCCACCUCUCUGGUGCUGCACUUGGAUAACUAGUCAGCCGAAUUACAUAUUUGUGAUGUCCACUUUGAGAGCAAUAUAUUCCAUUUGUCAACUCAGUUUGUGUAAGGCACAAAUAAAAGGACAUUAGAUUUA